AUGCCAGAUUACUGGACCGCGUUUUCAGCUAAAUUCAUCAAAGUGAAGUUCUCUUAUAUAAUAGCCGAAAGCAUGGCAAUGGACGAAACAAAAACGUUAACAGUUCUGGCAAGCCAUAGAGGAGAAGGAAAUGAAACAGAGACCGGGAAACAAAAACGAAAGCGAAAUUCAUCCUCACUCUCCUAUGUCGCCGUGAUAGCGCACGCCAUCCUUAGCUCGCCACGCCAAAGGCUCCCUUUGUGCGAGAUCUAUAAGUUUAUUGAAGAGCACCAUCCCGAAUUUACGGAGAACAGAGCUCGAUGGAAGAACACUGUCCGCCACAAUCUAUCUCUACAUGACUGUUUUUUACGCGGCGAGGUCGCUUUUAACAAGAAAGGCUGUAAUUGGAGGAUUCACCCGUCCUUUUUGGCCGAAUUUACCCGUGGAGAUUUCUCAAGGCAUAAGUUCUCUCAAAGCCCAUCUUUGUCUUUAGACAGUGUCUAUGGAACUUCGCAUGGAGCUCACCUCUCUGUGAGUGUAACUUCCCCUUGCUACGUUUGUGAGUCAACUCGUCGUGUCCUCCCCUCUCAUGGUCAACUGCAGUUUCAAAGACAGGAAGUACAGUACUCGCAAAUUCCGCACCUCCUGUGGAGACCUUGGGCUUACUGA